AUGAAAUUUUUCGAAAACAAAAUUGCAGCAGAACUGUAUACUUACGAUGUCAUCUUAUCACUGCUGGACAUUAUCAUUCGGAUCACCGUUAUCAGUCUGGUGCUGUACCUUACACUGCUGAAAGUCUCGCAGAGUUUCUUUAGGGCGUUCACUUUAAAUCUAAUCGUCCUUUUCAUAGCGGAUGAUGUUGUUAUCAUUGCCACUGAUGUAUAUUACAUUCAGUUACUGUACACCGAGAUCGACAGCUACAUAUGGUUUGUUUUUGAGUAA